AUGCCAGUCACCGUACGAGACCAGCCCGCUUACGGAGACCCUCGCGGGACACCGACAUGCAGAAGCGAGACGCGCAUCGCAGCUCAUCUCUACCGCUCUCAUCGUCGUCUUUCGCCCGCUCCUCGCUGCGCCGUACCUGUGUACACACUGCGCCCGUAGUACGAUUGGCGCCGUGUCAAACCCGCGCCAAGCCUCCACUCAGGUCCCGCCGCCCGCGGACUUAUCCACCACCUCGAACCGCCACCCAUCUCACCAUCUAUGCCGUCGUACGGCGCGACCUCAGACAUGUCCCGGCCCCGGUUAUCGCCGCGCACACGGCGGCGCGAGCACCGCAUCGCCCGCGCCGCAGACAGCACGCCUGGCGCGAGCGUGCUGUCGUCGUUUUCGAAUCUCGCGAACACGAUCAUUGGGAGCGGCGCGCUCGCCUUCCCCUCGGCGUUCGCUAGCAUGGGCCUCAUCCCCGGCAUCGUGUCGUGCUUGUUCUCGGCUUGCACGGCAAUGUUCGGGCUGUGGUGCUUGAGCCGGUGCGCCGAGCUCGUGGGCAAGAAGCCUGGAGACGAGGGCCGCAAAGCGAGCUUCAACGAGGUCGCGCGCCUCGCGUUUGGCAAGGGAUGGGUCAUGCGGCUGUUUGAUCUCGCCAUCGCUAUCAAGUGCUUCGGCGUGUCAGUGUCAUACCUUAUCAUCUGCAAGACGCUACUUCCGCAAGUAUGCAAGACGUUCGCGCACAUCUUCAAGACGACCAUCGAUCCGGACUCGAUGCUUCUGUCGCCGACGUUCUGGCUCCUGCUCACCGUCCCAAUCAUUGUCCCACUCUCAUUCAUGCGCACGCUCGACAGCCUGCGCUUUACUAGCCAGAUUGCGCUCUCUUCGGUGCUCUACAUGGUCAUCGUCGUCGUGUGCUGGUACUUUAUCAAGGGUCCUGACCCGAACCGCGGCGAGAUCGUGCUCGGUCGCUUUGGCGCCAACACGCUCUCGUCGUUCCCAGUGCAGGUCUUUGCUUUCACCUGCGCGCAGAAUCUCUUCCCGAUCUACAACGAGCUCAAGGACCGCUCGCAGGGCAAGAUGAACCUCGUGAUCGGCUCGUCCAUCAUGUCCGCGGCGUCCGUGUACGAGCUGCUCGGUGUGGUCGGCUACCUGACCUUUGGCUCCAAGGUCAGCUCCAACGUCAUGGCGAUGUACCCGUCCGACUCGAUGGUGGUCGCCAUCGGGCGGCUGGGUAUCGUCUUCCUCGUGGGCCUCUCGUACCCGCUGCAAGCCCUGCCAUGCCGCUCGUGCCUGUAUCUUUUGACAUCGGGGAUCAUCAAGGGCAAGAAACACAAGCUGCUGCCGCAGCAGCCUGAGCCCGAGUCCGAGUCGGACGACGACGCCUCAGACUCGGGCAUCAGCGGACACGAGCAGGACUUUCUCAUGCCCAAGGUGGGCGACGGGGCGCGCGGCCCGCCGGCGGCGGAGAUGCCGCUGAAGAAGUAUAUCGGCUUCACGGUCGGCAUUGUCGUGGCGGGCUACUGCAUCGCGUUUUUGGUCGACGAGCUGGACAUUGUGCUGAGCUUUGUCGGCUCGACCGGCUCUACGAUCAUCAGCUUUAUCCUACCGGGAUUUUUCUAUUUCAGGCUGUAUCGCGACCAGCGGGGGAUCACGAAGUGGCUCGCCCUCGCGCUCGGCAUCUACGGCGUCGCCGUGAUGAUGUUCUGCCUGACGAACAAUAUCGUGCAGCUG